CACAAUCUCACCACGCAGAUCAAAAUUCACUUGCUUCUACUUUCCUCGCCAAGCAUUUCUUCGAGUCUCUCUCCGUGUGGCAAAAUCGUCGAUCGUCUUCAGUUUGAUUGUUAUAGAGCUAUUCAAGCAAGGAUCGGUCGUAAAUGGCUUCUUUCCGGGCAUUCUUGAACAGUCCGGUCGGUCCGAAAACGACUCACUUUUGGGGACCUGUUGCCAAUUGGGGAUUUGUUGCUGCGGGGUUGGCGGACAUGAAUAAACCCCCCGAACUGAUUUCGGGCAACAUGACAGCAGCAAUGUGUGUCUACUCAGCGUUGUUCAUGAGAUUUGCAUGGAUGGUACAGCCUCGCAACUAUCUGCUCCUGGCAUGCCAUGUCUCGAAUGAGACUGUGCAACUCUAUCAACUCUCGCGAUGGGCAAAGGGUCAGGGGUACUUGUCAGAGAAGAAAAAGGAAUCUGAAUCCCAGUAACUUUGAUGCUGCCAUCUUUUCCACCCGUUCUAGUGUUUUUUGGAUUGUGGUUUCUGCAGAAAUCAUUCUUCAUCUCAUAUCAGACUCAUUUGAAGCGGUUUGCAUUUGCUCUUACAGCCGUAAGCAGAUCACUAUUAAGUGAAUCUUGUUCCCUGUCAUCUUUGUUUGUAUUGUGUUUUCAUAACUAGGCGUGGAAACUGAUGAAACUAUAGAGCUCCAAAUUCGUAAUUGAUGAUGCUGAAAUCAAGUU